AAUUAAACUUGAACGUGGUCGUGGAGAGUAGCUGCCAGUCCGCGGCAUCAGUCGUUACUGACGCACCACGCAUGGCGUACGCGCGCACUGCUCUGUUCUACGCGUGCGCGUUGGCCGCGAACGCCGCGGCUUACGCUGCACCAGCCCUGCCCGCCAAAUCUGACAAUAAUAACAAAGGAGUGAAGAAAGUACAAGUGGAUACGAUCGUGGUGCGCAGAAUGCACAACGCGUAUUUCUACCCGUACAACCUGUGGCCUUUACCCAAGUAUAAUGCUAGAGGAGUCAAGCUACUUGAAGCGAAUCCAGAUGUAAAGCGUUUAUAUGACGACCUCCUAAGUAAUUACAACCGUCUAAUUCGACCAGUGACCAACGUCAGUGACAUACUGACUGUAAGACUUGGGCUAAAGCUGUCUCAACUCAUGGAAGUCAACUUGAAGAACCAGGUUAUGACAACCAACCUUUGGGUGGAACAAAAAUGGUACGACUACAAGCUGCAGUGGAAUCCUGAGGACUACGGAGGAGUAGAGAUGCUGUACGUGCCAUCAGAACACAUCUGGUUGCCAGAUAUCGUGCUUUACAAUAACUGGGAUGGAAAUUAUGAAGUGACACUGAUGACGAAGGCCACGUUGAAGUACACUGGAGAGGUGAACUGGAAGCCGCCAGCCAUCUACAAGUCCUCGUGUGAGAUCAACGUGGAGUACUUCCCGUUUGAUGAGCAGACCUGCUUCAUGAAGUUCGGAUCCUGGACUUAUAAUGGAGCACAGGUAGAUCUAAAGCAUAUGGAUCAGUCGCCAGGCAGCAGUUUGGUGCACGUCGGUAUUGAUUUGAGCGAGUUCUACCUCUCAGUCGAAUGGGAUAUUUUGGAAGUACCAGCUACCAGGAAUGAAGAAUAUUACCCUUGCUGUCCAGAGCCGUUUUCAGAUAUAACAUUCAAGCUGACAAUGCGACGAAAGACAUUGUUUUACACAGUGAAUCUGAUUAUACCAUGCGUUGGUCUUACGUUCCUGACUGUGCUUGUCUUCUACCUACCUUCAGACUCUGGUGAAAAGAUAUCGCUCUGCAUCUCCAUCCUGGUGUCCCUCACUGUGUUCUUCCUUGGUCUGGCUGAGAUCAUUCCGCCAACAUCCCUGGCAAUCCCCUUGCUUGGGAAAUAUCUACUAUUCACGAUGAUACUCGUCUCGCUCAGCGUUUGGGUGACUGUUUGCAUACUUAACGUGCAUUUCAGGUCUCCAUCAACGCACACGAUGUCUCCUUGGAUGAAGAAACUGUUCCUCCAGUUGAUGCCGAAACUCCUCAUGAUGAGGAGAACCAAGUAUUCUCUACCAGAUUACGAUGAUACCUUCGUGUCCAAUGGCUACACUAAUGAACUGGAAAUGAGCAGGGACAGUUUAACGGAUGCCUUCGGGGAUUCCAAGGAUAAUGGUGAUUAUCGUAAAUCACCAGCUCCAGAAGAUGACAUGCUGUCUGCUGGAGGUGCUCAUCAAAGACCUUCAGUGACUGAAUCCGAGAACAUGUUGCCGCGUCACCUCUCGCCAGAAGUAGCUGCCGCAUUGAAGAGUGUCCGCUUCAUAGCGCAGCACAUUAAGGAUGCUGACAAAGAUAAUGAGGUGGUUGAAGACUGGAAAUUCAUGUCGAUGGUGCUGGAUCGGUUCUUCCUAUGGCUAUUCACCAUCGCUUGCUUCGUCGGCACCUUUGGCAUCAUCUUCCAAUCACCUUCACUCUACGAUACCAGGGUACCAGUAGACCAGCAGAUCUCUUCCAUACCUAUGAAAAAGAACAACUUCUUCUAUCCUAAAGAUAUUGAAACUAUUGGUAUUAUCAGUUAAAUGAUAAAAAGGUUUAAAUAGCGUAGAUUGAUUAAUGAUUUGUAAAGGUAAACGUCCAGCACACGCAUCGUACGCAUCGCACGCAACGGAUUUUAGUUUGUCUUGUAUAGAAACUCAUUUAACUGCGUUCACUGAUUCGCAUCGGACUUCAAUCCGUUUGAAGCGAUCCGUCCGAUGCGUACGAUGCGGACCUUUGGACGCUUACUAUUAUGGAAACAUCGUCAAUGUCUGUAGUCUCAAUUGUAGAAUAACAUCCUUACAUUUUAUGUUAUCCUAGUCACUUCCGAUUCGUUUUCUUAUUCAAUCCCACUUUAAUAUACAAGGAAAUAUAAGUAUUAACUCGUUAAGAAACUGGAUAUGAUUUGAUUGGAAAAUUGACUUUCCUGGGCACAUACUUGUGUUCUUCAAGGCAGAGCAAAAUCGUACACGUGCCAUACUUCGACACGUGUAAAACUUACGUCUUUUUAUAUAGACGUACAACGUGUAUCAAUGAAUUACGCCCGUACAUUGAAUAUUUUGCUCUGACUUUGAAACGUUAUUGUGAAAAGUGCUUUUUCUAAAUGAAAAUUGAGUCCUUUUUGCAACGUUAAAGCUAAGCGUGGAGGCAGUAUGGACUAUGGUACACUUUUUAACAUAAUCAUAUAUGUAAAUUGAAAUCUGAUUUUAAUAAAAAAAAAAUAGUGUAUAAAUAUGAUGGCUUUAUCUUGUCCCAUAUUCGAUCAUCUUGCUCACUUACAAUAUAUUUGACAUAAGUGUACAAUAUAUUUUAACUUAAAUAAUAAUUUAAAAUAAGUAGCACAAUUAAAUAAUAAAAAUAAAUAAUAAUUUAAUUAAUAAUAGAAUAUAGAUUUUUUUUUAUUUAAAAUAUUUGUUGGGUUUAAAAAAGUAGGUAAUAUUUAUUA